AUGACCUCGACUGAAUCAACCCCGGUAUCGCUGCCGCGUGUCGCCAUCACAUUUUGCACUCAGUGCCGUUGGAUGCUAAGAGCGGCUUAUUUUGGCCAAGAGCUUCUUUCGACUUUCGGUACCCAGAUUGGAGAAAUUGCCCUGAUACCUGCAACGGGCGGGCUUUUCACGGUUGAGCUAACAUAUGCCCCGCCUAUCGAAAACGAGGACAGCGAAGAACGAAUCCGGAAAGUACUAAUAUGGGAUAGAAAAGUGGAGGGUGGAUUUCCAGAAACGAAAGUCCUGAAACAGCUCGUCAGGGACCGCAUCGAUCCGAAGAAGGACUUGGGCCAUUCUGACCGGGGUGGGAAGAGGAAGGAGGAACCAGAGGAGAAGAAAGAUGGGGCAGACUCUGCGACGAAGGCAACCAAAGAUCCUAGUACUGUGUCGAAAGAAUCUUCAGACGGCACAGUCUGUGAAGAUUGCCGGUAA